AUGACUUCCAUCUUGCGCCUGGGAAGCAAGGACCGCUCAUCAUUUCUAUUUCGACGACACAAUACCGACGACUCAACCGCCGACAAUCCGUCCCUUGCCCUACCAGACAUUUCUCACAUCGAUCCAGAAUCAUUCUCUGAUCUAUUUCACCACUUCCAAAACUACACCGCAGCAGAAGAUGCUCAAUCGUCCGUGUCCCGUGUAUCCACUCUCGUGAGCGAUCCCCUCGCCUCCAAAGCUCUUGCUGCCGCUCCAGGUUCACAUGAACCGCGGCAACAGAGGCUACGCCUCGAUAUAACCAGAAACGACUCGACGGGCUCAUCCCAAUACUCUCAAGUCAGCCGUGGUGACAGCGACUUCUCCCCACUCGUCACCCGCAAGUCAUCCAGCUCGAGUUAUAUACAAGAACCUGUGUCGGCCAUUUCUCAGACUGGAGGCGACUUGUUCUUGACAUCAAAGCCUAGAAAGCCCCUGGUGCCACAGGUCGCCAAAGGACAGUCACAUGUCAAUUUUCCUGGUCGCAAAUCCUCCCAACCCUCUCGUUCAGCUGCCCACCUGCCACUAAAUCUGGACAAGCCUCUUCCCCCAGGACCUGGGGAUAGGUUUGCUCCAUCCUUGUCAGUCCCCAAUUUGUUAUCUCCAAAGGAACUGGCCGAAUCGUCUUCAAGACCACCAAGGUCCAAAGCACCAGCUUCAACGCCGAUGGCCGCUACUGGAAAUACAUCUCACCCUGAGAGAACAGUCUUGAGCAGAAGAGCUUCAAGCGGCCAGGUCUUGUCAGAACUACCAGCCUGGACCCCCAAAGCUGUGCGGGAAGCACGACGAACAAAUGCGCAUUCAAAAUUGCAUGAACGAAAGCGUUCUGCUUCCGAGGCUGCAGUCCAACGUGUACCACACGGCCUUGACCCCAGACAUCGAUCAGGCGCACAAACCGUGGUACUCUCACCCAAUUCGCUCCCAUCGCACCAGGUCAUGCGCGUCCGUCUACCAAAAAAGCACGAUCACAUCAAUGUUACCACAGCAGAGAAUGUCAUCUUUCAUGUCAUGAAGAAUCUAGAUUCAUUCCAAGAUUUAAAGUCCGCUUCAUUGGUCAGUAAAGGUUUCCAGAGGACAUUUCAACGCAAUCAGUCAAGACUGGUCGAACAUGUCCUGUUCAGUCACUCUCGUGCAGCCUGGGAAUUUCGACACAGCCUGCAACGCAGCCAACCCUCACAAGAAUUUAGGAUGAAGGACUACUGGCAUCACUACAGUACUCUGACUGCCCUGAAAUCUCUUUUCCUGGAACAUUGUGCCUCUUUCGCCAAAGAUCGAACCAUCCUGGGACUCGAGGGCCGAGAUCCGACCCGCCAGAAGGAUCUCGACAACGCGAUAUGGAGAAUUUGGAGCUUUUGCAAUCUUUUUGGGCCAUCGACGGGUCAAACAGGCUCGAUCCAAUUACAGAUCGACUGGCUGAACGGUUCCAGAGCUGCUGGCAACAAGCAAAUUAGUGCAAAUUUCGGAGGCGGCAAUGGUGUUGGCCUGAAAACUCAAGAACUGGAGGAUCUGAGUGAAAUGUGGCAAUGCUUGCAGACCCUGGUAGCUGGAUUCCAUGGACGUGUGGCCGAGGCUAGGGAUGUUGGUGUGUUUGACAACUGGCAGUUGAUACACAACACAUCAGAGGAGGAGCACCUGGUUGAGUGGACGUCAUAUCUGCUGUGUCUCGGUCCACAGACAGUCCUCUCGGUUGCUUCCGGAUCCUUCGAUCAAGCCAGACUUCUCGGACUCACACGAGCAUGGCCCCUGCUCCCCCCGGGACAAUCGCGCGCGAAAUUCGUCCUGGAUGCCAUUUCACAAGUGUAUCAAGAUCGGGUGCUAGAAGAGGCCAAGGCUAAAGCAGCCAGGUUCUCGAUGGUACGCAUGCCGGUUCAUAGACCAACCAAAUCUCUGGACGGCCAUGAUUUUGGCCUCGCACAUGAACCUGAUUACGGCGUCAACAAGGUGCAGUCACUGCGUAUAAACACUUCUAACCCUCGGCGAAGGCCGAUGUCUACUGCAGUCACACUCAGUCCCCCUAUCGAAAUUCGUCCGGACUGUGAUCCUCUGAGUGCGACGAAUCGGAACUCCAGCAUGUUCCCAACCUCGCCAACGGCCGAUCCCUCUGUAUUUUAUGGAUUAGGGACAACUUCGACUCUGAGCGCAAAGCUUGGGGCGACAUUGUUCCCUGUGCAGUAUGCUGCACCUGGGCCGAAGGUACCUUUUCAACGGACGGAACGGGCAGCAGCACUGCGAUCCGAUAUCGUGGAUCCAGUGGACAAGGCGAUGGAUUUGCUGGUCCGCGAGCUAGGAUUUGAAGAGACGAGAGCUCGUAAGGCGUUGGCCAUGUGUGAUUCAGGAUCCGGCAUUGACCUGCAGAAAGCGGUUGAGUUGCUCGCACUUGGUGCCAAGGACGUGAGCCGUUCAGCAGCACCAGCGGUCGAAUUGCCGACGCCUCAGGAUCUGUUGAGUCCCAAUCGGGCGAAAAAGGAGUCCAAGGUGUAUUGCGACGGUCACUGCAGAAGUGGGAGCGACACGACCAUGCAUCGACGGCAUCGUUCGACCGGAAGUUCAUCGCUCGCUUCAGCCAGUCCCAUGGCAGGGUCUACGGUAGAGAGUUUUUCGGCGCCAACUCAGUCUGGAUCAGCAACAUCGGGGCCGGCUGUCUCUCGCACCAAGACGGUGAGCCUCAGGGCGUGGAGAGCCCUGACCAAGGGUGAUAGUCUUCCACGACGCAAGAACUCUGUUCUUUACAUCGAGGAGUACCAAGCCAAAGUGGAGCGAAAAAGAAGCAUGCGAAUUGCGAAUGACAUGCAAAACCAGAAGGUCAAAGACGGUCUGGGCAAGAAUUUACUCGGGCUUGGGCUAGGGAUCGGCAGUUCCCCAGCCGCAAAGACGGUCGAGGACCAGCUCGACAAUGCACGCUCAAAAGAGAGGCUGAAGAAAGAGAAGCCAGGAACAUUUUUCAGACCAAGAAACCCACACCCUCCCCCCGCGAAAUCAUCCAGAGCACAUUAAUUUCAGUGGUUGAUGGGGCUUAGGGUAAUAAACAAUGUCGAGCAGUAAACAUCGCGGCAUUUUGAACAGCUCCUCACUAGAGCUGUGCUGUAUAUCACAUUAUUUACAUUACGGUGCAACACAAAUGGCGUUUCGAGGCUGGUGGAGGCAAGCCUUCUAAUGACAGAAGACACAGACGGAGGGCAAAUCUUGGAUAGUGAGCACAGAAGUGACUCUCCACCAGAGACUUUUGAUCUGCCGACGGAUAGACGUCGCGGGAGUGUUGUUCACUUGUUCACGGGCAUUUCCAUGGCAUAUCGGCAUGAGACACACCAGGAUGACUACUUACGAAGCGUUGCUA